CGCAGUUGCGGGCUGCCGGCGGCGUGUUCCUCUUUCCGGGGGUUCCCAGCUUCCUGGCCCGAGGACGCCGGCACUUUCCCGGGGGCCUCCCGCCGCGGCUCGCCCCGGGCUCCGGACGCUCUCCAGCUCCCGAAGCCGCUGCUCUGGGUCGCACGCCUCCUCUGGCGACAGACCCAUGGCCGAGCGUGGGGACCUGGACCUGACCGGCGCCAAACAGAACACCGGAGUUUGGCUGGUCAAGGUCCCGAAAUACUUGUCUCAGCAGUGGGCGAAAGCCCCUGGCAGAGGUGAAGUUGGGAAACUGCGGAUUGCCAAGAAUCAAGGAAGGACCGAGGUGUCAUUUACCCUGAAUGAGGAGCUUGCAAAUAUUCAUGAUAUUGGCGGAAAACCAGCUUCAGUCAGUGCUCCGAGAGAACAUCCAUUUGUCUUGCAAAGUGUUGGAGGACAAACAUUAACUGUAUUUACUGAGAGCUCAUCGGAUAAGCUCUCACUGGAAGGAAUAGUGGUGCAAAGAGCUGAAUGCCGACCUGCUGCCAGUGAAAACUACAUGAGAUUAAAGAGAUUGCAAAUAGAAGAAUCUUCUAAACCUGUAAGGCUGUCACAACAACUGGACAAAGUGGUGACAACCAAUUACAGACCUGUGGCCAAUCAUCAACACAAUAUUGAAUAUGAAAGGAAAAAGAAAGAAGAUGGAAAACGAGCUCGUGCUGAUAAACAAUACGUUUUAGAUAUGCUGUUUUCGGCUUUUGAGAAACAUCAGUAUUACAAUCUUAAGGACCUGGUGGACAUCACCAAACAGCCUGUGGUGUACCUGAAGGAAAUCUUACAAGAAAUUGGUAUUCAAAAUGUAAAAGGGAUCCACAAAAACACGUGGGAGCUGAAGCCAGAGUACAGACAUUACCAAGGCGAGGAAAAGAGUGAUUAAGAAGACUCCAAGCCAGCAUGCUCACAGAACAACACUGAUACAUGAACUUGAGCAGCAUCUGUGAUAGGGGUAAAAUGGCUGAUACUUUCAUAUCUGUAGGUAAAUUUUUAAACAAUAAUUCUUGAAAAUUUACCUAAGUGUUUUUUGAGGAGAAAGAACAAAUUUAUUUAUAGACUUGUAUUAAAUCAGAUUACUCAUGAUGGGGUUAGAGUUUGGGGGCUAAGAGGCUCUUCUUUUUGAAUAUGAACUUUUAAAAUGUAAAAUUAGGAAAUGGUUUCUAAAUGAGAACUCUGUCCUUGUUUUUAUAUCUGAGGAGCUGAGGUUAUACAAAUCCAGAAUGAAUGGCACGAUAAGAAAAACAUAGUCAAGGACAGAAACUCAAAGGGAAUAAAAAGCCAAAGUUCCUUAUUCUAAAAUUGUCAAAGAACAGAACUGUCUUUUUUUUACAGGUGAUCAUGUUUCAUAUUCACACGAGUUAACAAAAGAAGAGCAUUUAUGUUUAUACUAGGAUAGCAGUUUUCAUCAAUAGUGACAUAAGAGGUGGAGAAAGUCAUAGUCAAUUGAUGUUUAUUUGCUUUUAAAGUAAUUAGAAAUUAAAUAUUUUUCCAACAGUUCAAGAUAUGUCUCUGACAUUGAGGUUAUCAGGUUCUCUAAGACUGACUUUGCCCCAGAACUUGACUGUACACUCCCCAGAAAUGUAUGGACUGUCAUAUGACAAACGGUAUUGACAAAGUAAGGGACAGCUAGCUAUCGGGUAAGGCUGCUGUGUAUACACAGAAAGGUUCAUGUGAGUUUCCGGGAAUGUUUCUUAUCUUUCUUUUUAACUGAUUUUAAAUAAAAGCAAUACAUGUCCAUGGUUAAA